AUGUCGCACGGCAAAGUGCUGGAGUACGUAAAGCUCCGUGAUCUAUUCGAGCCUGCGGCUAUUUUUGUGAUGUUUGUUGCAAAUUCCUCCACUCUCCAGUUUGUCCUUUUGGGGUUCUCCGAUGUCCCUCAGUUGCGGAUAUACCUGUUUCUGAUUUUCUUUACCAUGUACCUGGUGGCACUCACAGGAAACCUGAUUAUCCUGUCCUGCAUUGUGUAUGACCGGGCGCUGCACUCACCUAUGUACUUCUUCCUCAGCAACCUCUCCCUGGUCGAUAUCGGCUUCACCUCCAGCACCAUCCCAACUCUCCUCUCCACCCUCCUGUCCAGCACCAGGUCUCUCAGCUUUCCAUCUUGUAUCACCCAGAUGUUUUGCUUCAUCUCCUUUGGCAACCUGGAGAACAACCUCUUGGCCAUUAUGGCAUAUGACCGUUACGUGGCCAUCUGCAGCCCACUGAGAUACACCGUGAGGAUGGGGCACAGCCUGUGCAUCUUGUUGGUGGUUAUGUCUUGGGUAGCCGCUUGUUCCCACGCCUUACUGCACACGCUGAUGGCGACCACUCUGCACUACGCAGGAAUAAAGCACGUGAACCACUUCUUCUGUGAGAUCUCGGAGGUCUUGUCCAUCUCCGACUCAGACACUACUUCAAACUACUCUCUCAUUCUUUCUGAGGGGGCAGUAUCAGUUGGUGCCCCUUUCGUAUGCAUUAUCUUAUCAUACAUGUUCAUUUUGCUGGCCCUCUUCCAGCUUCAUUCCACCCAAGGAAGGCAGAAGACCUUCUCAACUUGCUCUUCUCAUCUGACCACAGUUUGUCUGUUCUAUGGGACUAUAGUGUCCGUAUAUUUUCGUCCAUCUUCCGGUGGGGACAGAACAGCGGGAAUAGGACAAAGGGUGGCUACAAUAGGCUACACUCUGCUUACUCCAAUGUUGAAUCCUAUUAUAUACGGAUUGAGAAAUAAAGCGAUUAAAAGAGUAAUGGGCAAAGUUUUCCAGUAA